CAGGGGAUGUGAAGUGGAUCCAAACGCGCGUCAACGCCGCAAUAGCGGAGAUGCCAGCAGAUGUGCAGCGCUACUGGCAAUCGCACUUGUUCUUUGCCGCCGACCCGCUUUCGGCAAGCGCCAGCGCCAGCGGCCUGCGCGACGUGCUGGUGCAGUGGCCGUACCUGCAGCGGCAGCUCACGUUCACCACAACCUCUGCAUCGACCACGACCACGACCACGACUGCCACAUCAUCGACGACCACAGCAAUGGGGACAGCAGCAGCGACCCACAUCACUGUGCGACGGUUGGACGGUCACUUUCAGUUUUGCAACGUCGUGGCGUGGACAAACCACUCUCCGACAGAUCCACGGCAGCCGUAUCCACCUGUGCCCGCAAACGUCACGCUCGUCGCCAACGCGUGCGCGGUGCACACUCUCCCGGACCUCCGCCAUCACUGGGCCGUCGUUCAGCCAGCCAGCAAUGCCUCAUGCUCGCUGGAAGCGAUGGCGCGGAAUGUUGUCAACGCCGCCAACGCAACCGCCGUCAUCAUCAUGGCCAACAAGGGGCAGCCCCUCACCCAGAUUGGCCAAAAUGCGUUUGAGCAGGAUAACGGCAUUUGGAACGGCAACGACAACCAGGGAUUCUGCACCAUGAUCGAUUACAAUCCCCAGCUAUUGGAGCUCUUGCAGCACCUACAACAGCAACCCGAACAUCAUCAACAAGAUGCGACAACCACCAUCACGGGUGUACAGUUCACGACGCGUCAGGCGUCAUCAUCGCCGUUCGUCGCCAUUGACAGUCGCGGUCGUCUGCAGGAGAUUGGCGCCCUCAUCAACCCGUCCCUCUCCACCAUCGUGUAUGCUGCUCAGGGCCUCGACUAUCAAGCGCGCCUGCACCGCCGCGUGAGCGAAUUCCACCUCGCCAUUCCGCUGCUCACCGACGUCGUUGGAACAUCGGCCCGUUCGUCCGUACGCAUCCCAUCGUCACGUGCCCUGUCCGCUUUUUCGCACGUGGAGCUCGACGCCCGCAUGACGUGCAGGGGCACGUUUGAUCUUGACUGCGACAAGUGGGAUCACGUGCACACUGUCGCCAUGAUCUGUGACAAUGACGACCAGCCGUCUGCGCUGUCUGAGGCGAACGUGUCUCCACACGAGAUUGGGCGGUGGAUCACCCCAUAUCGCCGCCGUGUCGGGCGCUGGCUGACACCGGGCACGCGGCUCCUGGCCAGGCUGGACGAAGCAAGCACCUGCAACGUGUCCCUGCAGGCAACGGACAACGGCAGCCCGUGGGUGUUUUCGCUGACACUGCGCGCGUUUGCAACCCCGUCACAGGACGCUGAAUGGAUGGACGCACAUGGAAACUUGAAUGGCGAUGAUGCAACAAAAGCAGCAGCAGCAGCAGCAGCAGCGGCAGGGGCAAGAACGCGCACGGUAGCAACAGCAGCAACGACCACAAAUACAUCACGAUCACAAUCUCGCUCCUCGCUAUCACCACCUCCACCGCCAUCGCUUCGUCCAUUCUUGGAUGUGCCGCUGUUCAAUUCGACGAUCAUCUCGACCUUUGAUGAGCACUACAACAACCGGUCCACAAUCACAAUCACCGCACCACGCGCUUUCGCCACGGCCACCAUCGAGGCGCUGAUCACGGGCCACGGGAGCAUGGAGUUUGUGCCGAGUCGCCACUCAUUCAUCGUCAACGGCAUUGCGUUCAACGUCUCAUUCAUGGAUCCGCUCGACAAGGACGGAUGCGCUAAGCACGUGUGGGCUGGGGUUGAGCCCAACGGACACGGCGCGUUUGAGUUUGGGCGGGACGGGUGGUGCAAUGGCUGGCACGUGCCUCCAGUCGUCCUCGACGUCACAGCGGCAGUCAACAAGCAGACGGCGACAACAAUUGCGUACCGUGCCUACCAAUAUGACGCGCACGCUGAAGCGUGGGUGGAACCGCACUCGCCCGACGGAGACAUGCGGCUGUCAUCCCACAUCGUCUUCUGGAAGUGACACACGCACGCAUUGGGGGUGCUGCGCAGUGCAUGCUCUGUGUAUGUGUGUGUGCGUGUUUGGUAAUCGAGGAGCUGGUCUUCUCUGUGUUGUUGAUUUCAUUUCCACAUUGUCUCAUCUUGCGUUCGUUUAUUGGCCGUUGCGGUUUGUGUGUAUGUACAAAAGAUACAACAGUGCAACG